GGAGAUCCUAUAAAUAGAAAAGACGACGAUAUGAUUGAGUUUUAGGAUCUCACAUGUUCUUUACUCAUUAUCGAGGCUAUUUAUUCCUGAAGAUGAUUGUCUGACGAGAGAAGAUUCCCUGGUUCCGCCCCGGAACAGCAAGGCAGGUGAGAGAAUGGAGGGGAUACACCGGGAGAUCUGUGAUCCAGAGGCCGAGACAGGCCAGUCCAAAUUACCUUCUUCAAAUGCACUGGGAGCCAAUGGACCAGUGCGACAGAUUCCCGUCUUUCCCCAGCUUGCCGCAAAACCGCCAGUAUCUCCCGAUCACGGUUCCAGAGAAGGAGGGAACUAAAAUGGAGAUAAAGCUGGAACCAGGAGUAAGGAUUAAUCAAUGCCCGAGGUGUGCGUCGAGGUGGAGGCAAGGGGAAGGAAGCCCUUUUUCUCAACAAGAACGGAGGUCCCGAUCUCUUAGCCACCCAACCCCUACGCCAACACCCCGGAUCUUGGCGAAUCCUCCCGAACACACAGUGUCCCUCUCUGAGGUUAACAUUCCUUCAGAAUCAGGUGGACAAACAGGAGACAGAGUAACUCUGGAUUCAGACCACCCCUUCAUCCAGGCACUGGCGGAUGCCAUCUUGAAGCGCCUGUUAUUUUGCCUCUAGUUAGCUUUAAGCCGUUUUUGUGCGAUGUUCAUCUAGCUUUAGUUAGUUUUAAGCUAUUUUCAUCAGACCUUUCGGGUACUAGUUAGUAGACACUGUUCGAAUAGUUUAGGAUUCACAGUUAGUUGUAAUUUAUAGAUCUUCUUUUCUUUAGUUUUAGCGAAAAGUACCGCUUUAGGUUUGAACAUUUCUGUUCUAACGUAGAAUUUCUUUGUUGAUUGGGACCCUCAAAGGGUUGAUGUUUAUUUAUUUCUUUGAUAAUCUCACAUCCAAAGUAGUGUCACCAGAAGCUUUAAAUUGUUCUCGAACUAAAAGUUCGGUAUAUAAAAGGUUAAAAUGGUUUACAAAACCUUUCUCUAAUUUUGGUUAAAAUAAAAUUGGAUACAAUUAAGGGCCUAGGGGAAAAAGUGAUAUGUCG